AUGUCCCUCAACAACCGUCCUGUCAUUCUCUCUAUGGAUUUCUGUUCCCGAUCAAGUGACUCUCCAGACUCCUUAACCAAUGCAGCUCAGAAUGAAGAGCUCCCAAAGACUGUAACACAGAUUUUAGUACAGCAGAUUGAAAGGACAGCUGAGGAAAAGGCUGUUCACUCUGACAGAGAGACUACAGCACCUGCAAAAGAAGUAAAGAAACUGCAGAUUCAGGAAAAUGAAAUGUGCAAACUCUGCCAACAGAGAGUUUACCCAAUGGAAUGCCUAGUUGCUGACAAGCAGAAUUUUCAUAAAUCAUGUUUCCGAUGUCACCACUGUGGCAGUCAAUUAAGCUUGGGAAAUUAUGCAUCUCUCCAUGGAAAAAUAUAUUGUAAGCCCCAUUUUAAGCAACUUUUCAAAUCAAAAGGAAAUUAUGAUGAAGGUUUCGGACACAAGCAGCAUAAAGAAUUAUGGAAUUCUAAAGAUCGGUAUAGCUCAGCUGGCAAUAUUCAUGCUGAAGAAACAAAUCCCAUUAAUAGUAUACCUGCUGAUUCUAAACCAAUUACAGAAAUUGAUCAAGAUUUGCAUUCAGGUACUGAAGGUACUCAUCCUGAUAUUUUGGAUAAUAAUUUGAAAACAACCACAGAAAGAGGUAAAUUAAGGAUGACAUGGCCUCCUUCAACAGAUGAUGCAACACCUAAGAAAACAUUUUCUCUUGAAAAAGUGGCUAAAGUAAAUAAGCCAAAGUGGCCACCAGGAGAUUUUGCUCAAGAAGGUUCUGGUUUACAUACCAAUAAACUUCUGGGCAAUAAAAAGGAUCCUCAGAAGAAAAAUGCUGUGACAGAGCAAAAUAAAAAUAACACUGCAAAUGCACAACAAGAUCAACACUCAUCCUUUAGGUCUCUGUCUGAAAAAGAAGCUACAAAUAUCUGUAAAGCAAAGAAAAAUGAAGCAGGCAAUAACGGAAAAGAUCAGGAAGACGGGAACAUGCAAGAUGACCUGAAUAAAACCAGAGGAUCACAGAAUAGGGAGGAAAGUGGAAAGGAUAUUAAUGAAGGUGAUAAUGUGAUUAUGCCUAGUGCUGGGAAGGAGCAAGAGAAAAAAAUUAAUGAAAAUGGUGAAUCAGAAGUUGUACAGGUUACUAACAUUGAUGAUGUAACAGUACAAAAGAAUCACAAAGAAUUCAGCUUGAAUAACAAUAACAAUAACAAUUAUGCCACUUUCUCACAUCUAAACGUUUGUAGGCACGAAACAACUCUCUCAGCCACAUCUAACCCAACGACAGCAUUAAGCAACUUGCACUCUAUCGCAGCAUGCCUUUGCAAGACUGGAAAAUUGGUCUGGAAAUGAAGAACUAUUUGAGAUGUAUGAAUCUCGUGAGAGCUAUUCUAGUGAUACUGUAACUGUUUCACAGAAUGAGCAAAACUCAAAGGAUGAAGAUGCUGUUACCUCUAACAGUCUUGCUCAAUUUAAUAAAGAUGCCACUUGUCAGAAGUCUCAUACUAAUAGUUCAUGAGUUUUAAAGGAGGCAAAUAAUACAACGUUCCCUGUUGAUACUGAGUUGGUAUGCAUUGGAGAAGAAUCAAAUUAUGACAAAAACUUAAAUACUAUUUUAUCCGACACUCAGAAAACAUCUUUUUUCUUAAAAAAGACAACCUGUUUUUAGACUAAUAGGCUCUGUAGACAUAACUAAGAAUUCCUGCAGCUCAUAUUCAAAAGAACAUGGGAAUUAUGAUACAGAACUGAAUGAUAUUAAUGCCUGUCAAGAAAGUGAAAUAAUCAGAGUGUCAAAGAAUGACAUAAACACAAGCUUAGACUUACUGAGCUCAAGACAUACAGCUGCUCCAUCUUUCUAAGGCAAGAAAGUCAAGCCC